AUGGCGGACGGUUUCGACUCCAACGGUUCCGCCAAGAUGGACGCAAAGACCGAUUACGCUGCCCCGCGCAUGUCGACCGAAGACAAUGCCGACCACUUUCUCGAGUCCCUAGGCUACAAGCCCGAGCUGUCGCGCAACCGCUCUACCGCACAGGUCGCCUUCAUGUCCUUUGUCCUCGCCUCGAUUCCCUACGGUCUGGCCACUACUCUCAUCUAUCCCGUCAUUGGCGGCGGCUCCGUCGUCGUCAUCUGGGGCUGGGUCCUCGUCUCUCUCAUCAUUGUCUGCGUUGCUGCCUCUCUGGGUGAAAUCACUAGCGUCUAUCCAACUGCUGGAGGUGUCUACUACCAAGCAUUCAUGCUCGCCCCGGCCAAAUGGCGUCGCAUCGCCAGUUGGGUCUGCGGCUGGCUCUACGUCGUCGGAAACGUCACUAUUACUCUAGCUGUCAACUUUGGUACCGCGCUUUUCUUCAUUGGCUGCAUCAACGUCUUUGAUAAGGGUCUCGACGCCGAAGGCAACCCCAUCCCCAUGAUUGAGGGCACCAGCUGGCAGCAAUUUCUUAUCUUCCUCGCCAUUACCUUUCUCUGCAACCUCGUCUCCUCCCUCGGAAACAAGUGGCUGCCCUGGAUCGACACUGCUGCCAUCUUUUGGACAUUUGCCGGCGUCAUUGCCAUUACCAUUACCGUUCUCGUCAUGGCCAAGUCGGGUCGCAACUCCGGCGCCUACGUCUUUGGCCACUUUGAGACUGAGUCGGGCUGGCCCAAGGGCUGGUCCUUUAUGGUCGGUCUCUUGCACGCCGGCUACGCUACUUCAUCUACCGGCAUGAUCAUCUCCAUGUGCGAAGAAGUCCAGGAGCCCGCCACCCAGGUCCCCAAGGCCAUGGUAGCCACCAUCUUCAUCAACACGUUUGCCGGCCUACUCUUCCUCAUCCCCCUCAUGUUCGUCAUGCCCGCCGGCGAAAUCGCCGCCAUUAUCGCUUCCGGUCAGCCCGUCCCCUACAUCAUCAAGUCGGCUGUCGGCUCUCCCGGCGGCGCCAUUGGCCUGCUCAUCCCUCUCAUGGUACUCGCCCUCAUCUGCGGCAUCGGCUGCACCACCGCCGCCUCCCGCUGUGUCUGGGCCUUUGCUCGCGACGGCGCCAUCCCCGGCUCCAAGUGGUGGAUCCAGGUUAACAAGAAGCUCGAUGUACCCCUCAAUGCAAUGAUGCUCAGCAUGAUUGUUCAGAUCGUCCUCGGCGUCAUCAACUUUGGUUCCGCCGUGGCCUUUAAUGCCUUUUCUGGCGUUGGCGUCAUUUGUCUGACAGCGUCGUACGCCACUCCAAUUGCCAUUAACAUGCUCACUCGUCGCACCAAAGUCGCCGAUGCCCCGUUUCGUCUCGGCAAGUUUGGCUACGUUGCCAACUUUGUCGCCGUCGCUUGGUCGCUGCUCGCCCUCCCCCUCUUCUGCAUGCCCACCAACUAUCCUGUCACCAAGGUGGAAAACGUCAACUUUGCCUCGGUCGUCUUUGCCGCUGCCAUGACCAUUUCUGCGCUGUGGUACGUUGUCUGGGGCCACCGCAACUACGCCGGUCCUCCUGUUCAGGAGCAUCAGCACGUGCAAUAA